GAUUUGAAGAACUUAAGUGUACUCUAUUUGCAUAUACUGAGGUGAAUGAGGAAUAUGUUAUGUAUAUUUUUUUGUUUUUUGUAAUUGGUCUUCUUGGUUCGUUUUUUGAAUGCGGCUUGGACGAGACCAGGAAAUCUCCAAAAAUGGCAAAGGCUGUAAACGCUAGCCAGUCUCUCCCUAUCUUUAAAAUUAUAAUGGUGGGAUCGGGUGGAGUGGGAAAAAGCGCACUUACAUUGCAGUUUAUGUAUGACGAAUUUGUCGAAGAUUACGAGCCUACCAAAGCCGACUCCUACAGAAAGAAAACAAUACUGGAUGGCGAAGAUGUACAGAUUGAUAUUCUCGACACCGCAGCAAUUAUCUUUCUUUUGUAG